GGCGCUUACAAUCAAUCUACUGUGUGUAUGUGUGGAAUGGGGAGAUUUCCCUGCCUGGUCCACGCUGUACGGCCCGGAACGCCGCCGAUGCCGCCGCUCUAGAACCCGACGCUGGCGAGGCUCUCCAGCACCUAGAACCCGGCGGGCGGUGGGUCGUUGGUCCUCGGGCUCCAGCCGCCGCAGCGGCCGCCCCGCCCCGGGGGCGGAGCCGGGCCUUCGGGCCUGCAGUGUUUACAUCCGCCCCGGGACGGAGACGAGGAAGGGCCGUGAAAGGGAAGGGCCGCCGCCGCUGCUUUCGCCGCCUCCAGAGUCUCACCGAACCCCAACAGAGCCCGAACCCACCGGGUCAUGAGCGCCCCGGGCCAUGGACACCAGCGAUCUCUUCAUCAGCUGCAAGAAAGGAGACGUGUGCAGAGUCCGGUACCUUCUGGAGCAGAGAGACGUGGAGGUCAAUGUCCGGGACAAGUGGGACAGUACCCCUCUAUAUUACGCCUGCUUGUGUGGACAUGAGGAGCUUGUACGCUACCUCCUGGCCAAUGGAGCCAGGUGCGAGGCCAACACUUUUGAUGGGGAGCGCUGCCUGUAUGGGGCACUGAGUGACACCAUCCGUCGGGAGUUGAGAGACUACAAGCAGAUCACGUCCACUCGAAUGCAGAGGGAUUAUUAUGACGACUUCCUGCAGCGGCUCCUGGAGCAGGGCUACCAGAGCGACAUCGUUUUCAUCGUCCACGGGAAAUCCUUCUGUGCCCACCGAUGCAUCCUCAGUGCCCGCAGCAGCUACUUCGCCAACAUGUUUGAUACCAAGUGGAAGGGGAAGAGUGUGAUUGCCCUCAAGCACCCUCUGAUCAAUCCCAUGGCCUUCGGCUCCCUUCUGCAGUAUCUCUACACAGGCCGCCUGGACAUUGAUGUGGAGCACGUGAGUGACUGUAAGAGACUGGCCAAGCAGUGUCAGCUGCAGGAGCUCAUCACCGGCCUAGAGACCAAGUGCAAGAAGGCCUAUGAGUUUGUGGCCUCUAAGCCGGGGACAUGCGUGAAGGUUCUGACCAUCGAGCCUCCCCCUGCCGACUGCCGGCUCCGGGAAGACCUGGCGCUGCUGGCAGACUGUGCCUUGCCUCCGGAGCUCCGGGUGGGCUUUGGAGAGCUGCCUUUUGACAGUACGGACAAUUUCAGCAGCUGUCCUGACGUCUGCUUCCGUGUGGCCGACUACAACUUCUUGUGUCACAAGGCCUUCUUCUGCGGCCGUAGUGACUACUUUCGGGCCCUGCUGGAGGAUCACUUCAGUGAGAGUGAAGAGCUGGCAGCCUCUCCUGGCCUCCCUGCAGUCACCCUGCACGGCAUCUCCCCCGACAUCUUUACCCGCGUGCUUUACUACGUGUACAGCGAUGACACUGAGCUGUCCCCUGACAUCGCCUAUGAUGUUCUGUGCGUGGCUGACAUGUACUUGUUGCCUGGCCUGAAGAGGCUGUGCGGCCGGAGCCUGGGCCAGGUGUUGGACGAAGACAACGUGGUGGGCGUCUGGAAGGUGGCUAAGCUGUUCCAGCUUACUCGGCUGGAGGACCAGUGCACGGAAUUCAUGGCCAAGGUCAUCGAGAAGCUGGUGGAGCGGGAGGAGUUCGCAGCAGCCGUGAAGGAGGAGGCAGCCGCUGUGGCUGAGCGCCAGGAGACAGACUCCAUCCCCCUGGUGGACGACAUCCGCUUCCACAUCACUAGCAACGUGCAGACCUACAGUGCCAUCGAGGAGGCCAGCCAGAGGCUGCAGGUUCUGGAGGAGCUCUUGGCCAACAUCGGUCUGGACUGUUGACGCUGCUGCGUGGGGGGCCGGACGUUCUUCCCCUGCAGAUCCCCUUGCUGCAGGGCCCUGGCCGGCAUCCUCCCCGUGGCUUUGGGAUCUGCGCCCCUCCCCCUCCGCGCCCGCCUCUCCCCAAGUCCGCGCAUGGGCGGGAGAGGCUCUUCUCCAAGCACUGAUUACACUUCCUUGGGGCUGAGAACCCGAAUGGCUCUAGGUCUCGAAUCUUUGUUUCCAGAAGCUCCGAAUGUCUUUUUCGGCUAGGCAGCGGAGAGAAGGAUCGCCAGGAUAGACUUCUGACCACGCGUGUCCUUGCUGCCCCGUGGAUAUGGGCGGCUGUGCUUUCCCUCCUAUGGCACGUGGGCUGGGUAGCUCGUUCUUCCCCAACCUGCCUUACUCCAUCCGGGUCCCUGGGCUCUCCCCGGUGGCCCCCUCACGGGGAGGGAGGAGGCAGCUCCUGGCACGAUGUCCUCCUGAGAUUAGCUUGCUGGCAUCUCUUUCCUUCCCUCUGCGGAGAAGGGCCAGAGGAUCUUGGUCCAGAGGAUGCGUGGCUCCACCAUGGGCUGAGAGCUCAGGCUCUGGAUGGGAGGGGGAGAGGCAGGGAGCCUCCCUCGGGACCCCUGAGGCUUCCCUGUCAGAGCUUACGGUCUGGCCAAGGCGAGCCCUCCUGGUCCCGGGUCCCAGGGCUGGGUGCUUUCCUUCUUUUUCUUUUUUCCCUCAAAGCACAAAUGGGCAUCUCCCGAACUCUCCCGGUGGGGAGGAGGGUGAGGGAUUUUUGGUUGGGGAAAUGAAUCCUGGGAAAGCUGGGAUGUUAAGGGAAAACUGGGGUCUCCGAGGCGAGUUAAAGCCCGGGGAUUGUGCUAAGCCCAGAGAAAACCGAUCUGGGCUUGUGCCGAGGGAGAUUCACUCCUCCCUAGGCUGGUACCCUCGCACGGUGAGGUGAGGCCGAGAGCUGCCCAGCACCUUCUUCCCCUUGGAGAAAAAAAACAAAACACACAAAAAAGCCCAAACUGCAGGUUUUCAGAGCUAAGAUCUAUUCUAAUAUAUACUAUUUAAAAAUAAAACAGAGGAGCAUGUGUGCAGCAAUAAAAAUAUAUUUCCCUA